AUGUACAUCUCCGCAAAAAAGAUUAUACCAACCCGACGCAUGGACUACGACGACGCCCUUUGGGACCAAAGCGACCAGGUUUUCGAACCCUGGAAGAACAAGAUCUUCGAACACGAAACUCUCCGCGAAAUAGGAAACUUCAUCGACAAGCACAGAGGAGGUCUCCCCGACGAGCUUUUUUCGCCAGAACGGGGCGCCUUUAAUCUUAUAUUCAAAAUGCGCUUCAAAGAUGGUGGCUCAGCUGUGAUCCGGUUCCCGUGCCCUGGCGCUUCGAUGUUUCCAGAGGAGAAGGUGCAGCGUGAAGUUGCGGUUAUGCAGUUUUUUGGAAUUUUAUACCAGUUUGCGUAUACCACAUGUAUUGCACUAUGGAGAUGA